AUGGCCCAAACUGAGAGCUCACUCUCGAAUGACACAAGCUCUACCAGACAAGAUGUCGACAUCGAGACAUCGGAAAAGGGUCCCCACGUUGAGGCAUACUCAGAAUCACGAAUACUAUCUCCCGUCAGCGAGACUGAAUAUCCCGAAGGAGGCAGAGAAGCAUGGCUCGUCGUUGUCGGAGGCUGGUUCGGCCUCUUCUGUACCUUCGGCCUAGUAACCUGCGUCGGCGUAUUUCUCGAAUACUACCAGACCGAUCCUUUGGUAGAUUACAGCCCCAGCGCCAUCAGUUGGAUCACGAGUUUGCAGGUUUUCUUCCAAGUCGGAGGUUCCGCUGUUUGGGGUCGUGUCUAUGAUUCAUACGGCCCUCGAUGGCUUCUUCUCAUCGGCGCUCCAGUAUACGUCCUUGGCAUAAUGAUGCUCUCUUUAUCCACGCAAUACUACCAAAUCCUCCUCUCGCAAGCUCUACUAAGCUCAAUGGGCUCAGGUGCCGUCUUCACCGCUUCUCUUACCUCGACAACAUCAUGGUUCAGAAAGAAACGCGGUACUGUCUUUGGUAUCGUCAACUCUGGAUCUUCCGCCGGUGGUAUAGUACUUCCAAUUAUGCUAUCUCGCUUGUUCAAGACCAUCGGUUUCGGAUGGACAUUAAGAGUGGUGGGAUUUAUGUUCUUGGCUUUCAUGGCGAUUUCGUGCAUGUUGAUCAAGUCGCGCACGCCACCGAAACCUCGUCCUUUCGCGUUAUCAGAUUAUCAAAGGUGUUUCAAAGAACCAGUCAUGCUUUUGACAAUGCUUGGUGGCUUUCUAUUCUUUUGGGGAAUGUUUCUACCUUUGAACUACAUUAUCAUCCAGGCUAAGGCAAGCGGCGUUUCUUCAGAUCUUGUUCCUUACCUUCUCCCUCUUAUCAACGGUAUCAGCCUCAUUGGUCGCUUGACAGCAGGUGCACUAGCAGAUCUCAUCGGUCAGUUCAACUGCAUGUUGAUAAUCACCGCAUUCACAGGCAUCUUGACGCUAGUGCUCUGGAUCCCGGGCAGUCAAAGCACGGGAGCUAUCAUGGCAUAUGCCGUUGCUUUCGGGUACGGCUCAGGUGGCUACGUGUCCAUCUUCCCUGGCUGUGUUGGUCAGAUCAGCCCAAUUGAAGAAAUCGGUACGAGGAUUGGACUCGCGUCACUUGUCAAUGCGUUUGGGGCUUUGACGGGGAGUCCACUUGGUGGUGCGUUAAUCUCGGAUAAGAAUGGAGGCGGCAAUAGCUUCAUGGGCUUGCAGUUGUUUUGUGGUUGUACAAUGAUUGCUUCGGUAUUUGCGUAUGGGACUGCACGAUAUUUGCAGGCGGGUUUCAAGUGGGCAAGGGUUUAG